AAAGAACGCAGUCUGUACUCCGUACCACAACCACGUUUGCGCCCACAGCCCGAGAUGAGUUCUGUGGUCCCCGGCGCACCGAGCACAAAGGAGUCCGUCCGUACAGGUAUCCAUCGAGGGGUGUUUUACAGCUACCGACCUGUCGACUCGACGGGGUACUCCGUACUCGUACUCUCUAGCUUUAUAAUCGCAAACAACCCCCCUGAACUCAUCCCAGGCUUCGAAUUUUCUCUCCUGGCUACUCUCUAGACCUUCAAUUGACCCUCAAAAUGCUCUCCCAGCAACACCACCACCACCACAAACCACAACCACAACCACAACCACAUCAACAAACACAACAACUCGUAUACCGAAGCCCCAAAAUGCUCCCCUCACGCCGCUCCCACUCUUCCCAGCACCACCCGGAAAGCCUCUCCUCCAAAUACCGAGCCGGAAAGUCCAGAGCCCGUCCCCGCGAGCAAUCCCACUCCAUCGGUUCACGCCGUCUACACAGACGAGACACCCCGCCUGAUGGAAGCUCCCUCAACCCAGACGUGAUAACCGUCACCGUCGGUCCCACGAAACGCCUCUUCGCCGCCCACAAGGACAUCCUCUGCGUCUCGCCCUACUUCGCUGCCAUCUGCGCUCGCUCCAACAACAACCCCUCCUCAUCCUCCUCAUCUGAAUCCUCCCUCCUUACUACCACUCCCUCCCCCUGUCCCAGAAACAUCAACCUGCCCGAUGAACAGCCCGAAGUCUUCUCCUGCGUGCUCGAGUACCUCUACCGUGGCGACUACUAUCCGCGUCUCCAGCACGAUAAAACCCGCGAUACGUGGCGAUUGGAAACUACCGGGUCGGGGACGGAGGAUAGCGCUGCAGCGACGAUGUAUAGUCCUGCUGCCGGCGCGGAGAUCUUGAGGGAUACGGCGGUUUACUGCCUCGCCCAAAAAUUCUCCCUGGAAACGCUCAAACGGCUCUCCCUAAAAAAGCAAGGCCUGCACUCCAACAUACCCUGCAGCACGAUCCUGACGAGCGCGCGGUACGCGUACGCGCGCACGCCGGACAACGAGUCCAAGUUGCGGGCGCACUACCUGGCGCUGAUCAUCCGGAGCCGGGAGACAUUUAAGCGCAGCGGCACGAUGCAGAUGGAGAUGGAGCAGGGGGGGAAGUUGUUUUUCGACCUGUUUGUGGCGAUGUGUAAUCAUAUGGAUGAUCUCACGGACGCGGCGGGGGGGCGCUGAGAUUUGAGAUUUGCGAUUAAGAUUAAGAUUGAGGCUUAUGAUAGUAAGUAAGUAGAGGAG